AUGCAUGGACUUGGGAAAGAGGGACUGCUCACACCUUCAAGAAGAGGAGUACUUCAUAUGGAGAGGCCCUUUGCAAGAUUUCUUGUUGUUUGUUGUUUGAUCGUUGCUUUGUGGGUAUCAUGGAGUGUCAUAAACGAUGGAGCCGUCAUACAGCGCAUGAUACUCUUUAGCAGCCGUCCAGUUCUUCGCGUUUUCCCGCCCGCGAAUUUCAAGCUUCCUCAAGGUCAUCCCUGCAGAUCUUUUCCAAAUCCCUCUCCCCCCCCCUGCUGGCUUUGCAAUUGCCCGGUAUGCUACGUUCGAGUGGAUCAGGCGCUGAAAGCGCUGCCCCCACAAGGGAUCUUCCCAGAACUCGUUCUCUCCACGCUCACCUAUCUCCACCGCGCAGGCUCGACAAACUCCACACCAUUUGGCGGGAAUUUCAGCCUGGAAGAGCGCGAGAGGUCCUUCAAGAUCAGAGAAUCGAUGGCGAUUCCGUGUGGAUUCGCCAGGGCCGGAAUGGAGCCAGGGAGAGAGGGCUCCGGAUUCGAGAUCCAGGAGGAGGCCGACAUGGAUUAUCUCCGAGAAUGCAGGGGAAUCGUGGUCGCAUCCGCGAUCUUCGGCAACUAUGACGUGCUCAAGCCUCCCGCGAACCUGAGCAGCACCAGCGCCAGGACGGUUUGCUUCGCAAUGUUCGUCGACGACGAGACGCUGGAAUCUCUCCAGAUGGAAGGAACUCCAGCCGGGGCGUGGAGAAUCAUCCUCGUACGAAGCGACGCAUACGAGGGAGACAACCGAUCCAAGGGCGAGAUUCCAAAGAUGCUACUGCACAGGCUCGUCCCCAACGCGCGCUUCUCCAUCUGGAUCGACGCCAAGCUCCAGAUGGUGGCGGAUCCCAUCCAGAUCCUGGACAGGUUCCUGUGGAGGAGCGGCGACACCAUGGCCAUCUCCAACCAUUUCGAGCGCGCGGACGCUUUCGAGGAGGCCGAGGCAACGAUCCGGUACCGGAGGUACGAGAGCAAGGCCAAGAUGGACGCGCAGAUGGAGUUCUACCGUACGCACGAUGGGCUCCUUCCGUAUGACCGCGCCGCCAGGAUGCCGCUGGUGAGCGAUGUCCCGGACAGCUGCGCGGUGCUGAGGGAGCACACGCCGCUCACCAAUCUCUUCUCGUGCCUGUGGUUCAACGAGCUCGACAGAUUCACGCCGCGCGAUCAGGUGAGCUUCGCGGUGGUGCGUGACAAGAUCAUCGCGCAGGUUCCAUGGCGGAUCAACAUGUUUGAGGACUGCGAGAGGAGAAACUUUGUGUGGGAGACGCCGCACAAGUGA